UCGUCGCGCGCGCAUAUCCGCGCUGUCGGCGACCAGACAUGGCGACACUGUGUGUCCAUAUUGUGGCGGCGCUUCUGAUCGCCGUCACCUCCGCCGCUGUGCUGCACCCCGCUUCCAACCAGGACCCGCCGCAGAACACCGAUCAGCUAGACGAUGCGGUUUACCACAGCAUGCCGCGACUGUUCGAAAUGGACGACUACGAGCACUGCCUUGCCACACGCGGUGAGUUCUGCCUGGGCUCCUUCGAGCUGGUCGCGGACAAGAACAACCAUCUGAUGGACGUCAUUCAGCGUUACUCGGCGCCGCGGUACCGAUUCAACCACUCGCACAUCCACCGCGGGUACUGCCUGGGUGGGAUUUGUCCGUGGGCAGAACACGGCGAGGCCAGCGCGCGCUUCACCGCCUGUGUGCAAAACCGCACCAGUGAGCAGCAUGGGCUGGAGGCGCGCAUCCUCCGCCUGGAGUACUGCCGGAGUGCGGACAGCCCCCGUGACUAUAGCCCUGCGCCCGACGCUGUCGAUAUCGCCUUCGCCGUCCUCGCCGCGAUGCUGCUUGCUGUUAACCUGCUCGGAACUCUCUACGACUUGCUUAGAGACAAAACCAACAAGCCGCAUCCUGUGCUGAUCACGUGGUCGGUGUUGGACAACCUGAAGAGGCUGGUGAGAACCAAUCCUGUAUCCGCCCAAGACGAGCCAGGCCUUGACGCGGUGCACGGCGUCAGGUGUCUGAUUCUGGCGCUGGUGCUGUUGGCACACUCCGUCAUCAGCUACUACACCGCGUACGUGUACAAUCCAACGUUUUUGGAAUUUGCAAAUGGAAACCCGAUAUCAAUGCUGCUCAUCAACGGGACAGUGGUAGUACAGACUUUCAUCCUGUUCUCCAGUUUCUUCGCAUGUUACAACUUUUUGGCGGAAGUUGAUAAGAACCCUCAAAAGAAGUACGGGCUGCUGAAGUUCUUUCAAAAUAUAAUUCGACGAAUAUUCAGGAUAUGGCCGGUGUACAUGUUCAUGGUUGGGUUUUCCGGCACGUGGGUGCGCCGGCUGGGCGAUGGACCUCUGUGGAGCCCCGUGAUGGAGGCUGAGAGCGACCGCUGUCGCAUCAAGUGGUGGGCACACGCGCUCUUCGUGCACAACUUAUACAAACCUGAGCUCAAGUGUCUCCUGCAAACCUGGUUCAUUGCGGUGGACAUGCAGCUGUACGUGGUAGCCGUAGUGCUGAUGCUGGUACUAGUUCGGUUGCGGCGGCGCACCGCCAAUGUCUUCCUCGUCGCGAUGCUGCUGCUCUCCAUUCUGGCUAACUUCAUCAUCUGCUAUAAAUAUGACUUCAAGGAAAUUCUAUUUAUUAACACGCCUGAAUCGUUACGUAUUGAGCACACCGGUGUACCGUCAUACAUGUGGCUGUACAGUGCGCCAUGGGCCAGCCUGCCAGCGUCACUACUGGGGCUGCUACUUGCAUUCACGUAUCAUGAUCUGCUACAGAAAGGAGUACGGCUUGCUCAAUGCAAUUGGUUCCGGUGGCUGUACUGGGUGGCACAGCCUGGCAUGUUGCUGUGGAUAUUAGGUGGCCUGGCUGUGAUAGACACCAGCUCUCCCUGGCUCACAGCGCUCUAUGGAGCGGUGGACCGGCCCAUCUUCACGAUGAUUUUCACCAUCGUCCUGCUCGGUUACCUCUUUAAAGUUGACAAGAUCGUGGUUGGCGUGAUGUCGUGGCCGGUGUGGCAAGUGCUAGCCAAGCUGUCUCUCUCCAUCCUCAUGGUGCACUACACCUUCAACAUGCUGCAGGUGGCGCUCAAGCCCAACGCCGUCGGCGCCUCUAUCUUCGAUAUUGGCGGUCACUGGUUCGUAACGAUUUUCAUGACGCUGGUAACGUCUGUGCCGCUGUGGGUGCUGCUAGAGAUGCCCGUGCAGAGGUUCUUGCGGAUUCUGCUCCCGGUGUAGAGCCCCGCUUGCGCCACGUUCCGAAAGCCUGUCACAUUGAGCAUGCUGAUCCAGUAUCCAGUUCUACUUACCUACAUCGUGGACAUGAUUUUGUUUUUAUGAUCAAUAUUAUUUGGAAUAAACUGAAAUUCAAAAUAUUAAGUACAUCGGAAGUCGAUUGUAGUGAAUAGAAAACAAUUAAAAAGUUUGCAGCAUUACAUACGUAAAUUAUUGUGAAACUGAAAUGUACAGUGACGUCACAGGCGUGCUAUUUCACAAUUAUCACAUUCGCUCACAUCGAUGUCAAGUAUGCAACCCAUUAAUCAGUACUAUUUACGGGUCUUUUGGGAAAAAAAUCUAUUUAGUAACUUAUGUCAAUUAAAAGGUACUAAAAAUUCUACAGAAAUCUAUUGCUUAUUGAUGGGUUGAUAACGAAUGUUCAACUAUUUUACCGCGAUGAAAACAUUUUUGUGUUUGCGUAGUUAAAUAUGCGAAUAUGAUCGUAUAUAUUAAUUAUCUAUAUUAAAAGUAUAUCAAUAUAGGUAGGUUCUACUCUAUUUCCAAAUAUGAAAAUGAACUCUCAACUCUAUGCUACGCGUAUUGUUUCUAUUACUAUUCUUUUCUUUUUAUUUUGGUAUUUGUGGAAGGGCCCCCACAAUUUAGCCAAUGUUAGGUUAAGGUAGGAAACCUAGUGAGAGUAUUUGUACGGUGAUAAUAUUAUUAUAGUAUUUUCAAGUUUUAACAGUAAUAUAUUUAUUGACAAUGACGCAAUCCACUCAUAUUUUAUUUCGUUUGAUUGUACAUGCACUAUGCACUACGAGGAAUCGAUUUCCUCGAUAAGAUAGUUUAGAUAAAUAAAAUAUUUGUCUAAACUAUCAAAACGUGUGUACCUUUUAUUUGUUUUGUAAUGCCUGUGCAGCAUCGUUUGCAAUUGUUGUUGUAUACCUGCUUCCAUACACCUUCCGUUCCGUAGCGCUAAGUAGGACCCAUAACCUGCCCCAAAACCUGUAACUAAGUAUUUAUAUUAUGUUUAGAAAUAAUAUCAAUACUAUUUAGUUCCUAGAUCUGUUUAUGUUGUUAUAAUUAAGCUUUUUUACGUUAUGUUAAGAAAACUUAUUACUGAUUUUAAGAAUAAAGUUUUAAUAAUGACAUACAA